UCCUCUCUUCAAGUCAGCUAGGUCCCUGUAGGGCUCCGGAUAUCAGUGGUGACUUGUCUGCUCUAACACACAGCAUGUGGCAGCUGCUACUAUCAACAGCUCUGCUGCUUCUGGUUUCAGCUGGCACUCAAGCUGAUCUCCCAAAGGCUGUGGUGCUCCUAGAUCCUCAGUGGGACCAGGUACUCAAGGAUGACACUGUGACUCUGAAGUGUCUGGGGGACUACGCUCUUGGAGACAGUUCCACAAAGUGGUGGCACAACGGGAGCUUCAUCUCAAACCAGGCCUCCAGCUUCACCAUAGAAGCUAACGUUGAAGACAGUGGAGAAUACAAGUGUCAGACAAGCCUCUCCGCACUCAGUGACCCAGUGCACCUGGAAGUCCACGUAGACUGGCUGUUGCUCCAAGCCCCUCAGAGGGUGGUCAAGGAGGGGGAGCCCAUUUGGCUGAGAUGCCACAGCUGGAAGAACCGUCCUGUACACAAGGUCCAAUAUUUCCGGAAUGGCAGAGGGCAGAUGUUUUAUCAUUGGAAUUCUUACUUCAACAUUUCAAAAGCAACACUCGAACACAGUGGCUCCUACUUCUGCAGGGGGCUUAUCGGGAAUAAAAACGAGUCCUCAAAGGCUGUGGACAUCACUGUUAAAGGUCUAGAAAAUCCACCAUUCUUUCCAACUUGGCACCAAAUCGCUCUCUGCCUGUUGUUGGGACUCCUGUUUGCGGUGGAUACAGGGCUGUAUUUCUCUGUGCAGAGAGACCUUCGAAGCUCAAAGAAGGACUGGAGGGGUGCCAAAGUCACAUGGAGCCAAGGUUCUCAGGACAAAUGAGAGAAAUAAAAGCAGCAACUCUAAACCUCGUUCCAAA